ACAGGCAGAAUCGCCGCGGCCGCCCUGGCCGCCAACACAAACUUCCGGGAGGCCCUUCGUCGUGAAGCGACAAGGGGAAAUAAAGUUUCCGAGAAAAUGGCCGGGAACCCCCACCGAGGCGAGCUCCAUAGAAAACGACGACGUUCGAGCGGCGCAGCCUCAAAACCUCAGGCACAAGCUUCCUUCCCUCCCCAUUAAGCCUCCCCUUCCCUCCCCCAUCAAGUCUCACCGCCAUUCCCCCAGACCUGCUGCUGGUGGUUCCCCAAAUCUAAUCCUUCGAUAGCCCCCCCCCCCCCCCGCGCCGUCGUGUUCGCCUUGCGCGCAGCUAGCCAUGGACGAGGUCCUCGUCAUCGCCGGCGUCCUCGACUUCCAACCCGGCGACCGCGCCCCUCCUCCCACACGCGUCUCCGCCGCUUCGUGCCAUUCCGUGGAGUGUCCCCCUGACACCGGUGGUGCCGAGGAGGCGCCGGGGGGUCCGGGUCUCGAGGACACAGGCGCCGUUGCGGUGGAGUUGGCGGGGUCAAAUUCGGCCGGUGCUUUGAGUGGCGAUACGUCGGGAGGCCCUGCCGGCAGUGAUGCCGGAGGUGUGGAGGUUUUGUGCUCAGAGAUUGGCGCUGAGCUCGAAUCGACAGAACCGGGUGUUUUGGAUGUCAGAUUAGUUGCUCCAGUGGUGGGACUCCAUGGGCAGAAGUUGGAUGGUGCGGCUUUAAGCUCUGAUGAAGCUGGUGCCACUAAUGGGAUCUCACUGGUUGAGGUGUCCCCAUCAGAUGCCAGUUCAAUUUUGGAUGCCACUGGGUCAAUUGGUGGUUCUUCCCUCGUGAAGGGGUCCCUGGCAGAGGCGAGUGGCGCCGGAGGAUGUGAACUAGAGGUGCUGGAAAAGCCAACAGGGACCCUUGCUGCUGUGGGGUUCCCCAAUGGGGAUGUAAGUUCUGAGGUAGGAGUUGAGAUGAAAGAUGAAGUGGACAGUAGAAAUGGCCUUGCCCAAGGGGAAUUGGAAGUGUGUGCUGAUGGUGACGGUGUCGAGGAGGCCACUGAGAUGAGUGGUGCCUUGUGUGACGAAGGAUUGGAGGGGAUGGAGACGAGUUUGGAGGAAUGUGAGGCCUCAGAUAGCUCCACCGUGCAUGUUGAGGAAGGAGUGGACAGGAUGGAGACGAGUUUGGAUGACUCUGAGGCUUCGGAUGGCUCAACCACACAAGAUUCUGACAUCGAGACAGAGUCGAGUGGUUCUAGUACAGAAGAGCGAGACGCAGGAUACAGAGCCCACAUCCCUCAAAUGGAUGAAGCAAUCCGAAAGGUGGCUAGAGAAAACAACACUUCAGGGGCAAAGAGCUCUGAUAGGAUGACUUCAGCAUCCGUAGCAACACUUGUGCUGGCUUCAGGUGCAGCGAUUUCACCACAUCCUUCAAAGGUGUUGACAGGUGGUGAAGAUGCAUAUUUUAUAGCUUGUGACGGUUGGUUUGGUGUAGCAGAUGGAGUUGGUCAGUGGUCAUUUGAAGGAAUCAAUGCAGGGCUUUAUGCAACAGAACUAAUGGAUGGUUGCAAGAAGUUUGUAAUAGAGAGUCAAGGGGCACCAGGGAUGAGAACCGAGGAAGUUCUUGCUAAGGCUGCGGAUGAAGCACGGUCCCCUGGUUCUUCCACUGUUUUAGUUGCUCAUUUUGAUGGCCAGGUUCUUCAUGCAUCUAAUAUAGGAGAUUCUGGAUUCCUUGUGAUAAGGAAUGCAGAGAUCUAUAAAAAAUCAAAACCAAUGACUUAUGGUUUCAAUUUUCCCUUGCAAAUUGAAAAGGGUGAUGAUCCUUUAAAACUUGUUCAGAAAUACACCAUCGAUCUGCAAAAGGGUGAUGUCAUUGUAACAGCAACAGAUGGUCUUUUUGACAACAUCUACGAGGAAGAAGUAGCAGCCAUCGUCUCCAAAUCAUUAGAAGAGGACCUCAAGCCUACGGAGAUUGCCGAGUUCCUGGCUGCUAGAGCAAAAGAAGUGGGGCGGUCAGGAUUUGGAAGUAGCCCGUUUUCGGACGCAGCUCUCUCGGCUGGGUACCUUGGUUACUCCGGGGGCAAGCUGGAUGAUGUAACAGUUGUUGUAUCUAUUGUUCGGGAAUCUGAAGUUUAGACUAUAAACAAACUCUAAGUUGAGUGCAGUUCUGAGUUUUUGCUACAGCUGCACUGGCUGGCAAAUGCCCGAGAGGUUUUUGUGCUAACACGAGCACAGCCCUGGGCCACGCCCUGCUACACGUGUGCACACAUAUUAAGUUUGUACUAGCAUCUAGCAUCUCUCUGACCCGGCCCCAGUAAGUCGCGGGCCGUUGUCAGUGAACUUUGUGCGACUGUUUACAUAAUCUUGACGGUCAAGACUUGAUGUACUCAGGUUUCUAUCCAACGGCCGCAGGCAACUUGUGAAUUGUAACAUUAUUGUGCAUAUCAAUGAAAUGUCCAUGAACAAUGCUCGCUGA